GGAAGAUGCAGAUCACGACACAGAGAUUUUACGUGGUUCGAUUUACUGAGAAUCGGAUGCUGUCUAUUUCGUCUUUGGCUAAAAGGACUACUGGUUGGCGCUUUGAUUCUUGUUGAGAAGAGGAGAAGCCUCAUGGAGGGAGUGCUGGAAGUGCUUCCACUAAGUUUGAUGACAUUCUUCGACGAAUGGGAAGUCAGGGUGUCCAUCAUCCUCAGCCUCGUCUUGCAGAUUUUGCUGAUCACUCUGGGUGGUCGCAGGAAAUAUAUAUGCAGACUUUGGAUCCGAAUCAUUCUCUGGUCUGCUUACUUAUUGGCAGAUUGGGUGGCUGUCGUCUCGCUUGGCAUUAUCUCGAAGAACACCCUUGAUAAGUGCCACAAAAAGAUUAAUGAUGAAACUGGGAUUGAACUGAGGUGGUUCUGGGCUCAGUUCUUUCUGCUGCAUUUAGGCCCCGACACCAUCACAAUGAGCUGUGGCUGAGGCAUUUGGUGGGGAUGGUGAUUCAAACUGGCCUUGCUUUCUAUGUACUACUUGUUGCUUCCCCCGGCUCGGAUUUGCUUCCCUCUUUGAGUGCCCUCAUCUUUAUAGCGGGUGGAAUUAAGUACGGAGAGCGCUUGUCCACGUUGUGUGCAGCCAAUAGGGAGAAUUUCCGUGACUCUAUGCUCCCAGAGCCUGAUCCGGGGCCAAACUACGCGAAAUUCAUGGAGGAAUACGCGUUGAAGGAAGCUGAAGGGUUCAGUGUUAGUGUGGAUGAGGUUGAAGAAAUACAGGGUCCUGCUCAGCACGAUUUCCCCGAUGAACCAAGUGUACGAGAAGCUUAUGACUUAUUCUUGACGUUUAAGCGCCUCUUUGCUGACACGAUCUUGAGCUUUCAAGAUCGUGACAGAAGCAAAUCCUACUUCAUGAAGCUGGAUGGGGAGCAAGCUUUUAAGGUUGUUGAGACUGAGCUUGGGUUCAUGUUUGAUGAACUGUACACGAAAGCAUCCACAGUCUACAAUCUCACGGCCACGGGAUGUUUCCUUAAGAUGAUUACUUUCUCGCUCACGCUCAUUGCAUGGAUGGUGUUCAUCUUCGUGUGCGAUAAAGGGAAGUACAAGGUGUUAGACUUGGUGAUCACUCACUUGUUGCUUGGGGUGGCUGUCUUCUUAGAGAUAUACGCUGUUGGGGCUCUCGUGAACUCAGACUGGACACGUAGGCUCAGGGUAUGUGACAGAAGUCUCAGAACAACUAGUUUUGCUCGCGUAAUUCUAUGGUUUCAGCCAGUCAAGAAGAGAUGGUCGGAGAAAGCGGCUCAACACAAUCUACUUGAUCUUUGUGUCGGAAACAAAUUUGCAGUGUUGCCUAGAAGUAUCAGAAAGGUUACUAGAAUAUAUCACUACUUCAAAAAGCAGUGGCACAAGUCGUUUGUCGACGUCUCCAUAGAUCUGAAAAGGCUAAUAUUCGAGGAGUUGAAGAGCUACACAAAUUGCUCUGCUGCUGCUAUGUGGAACAGAAGGGGAAGUUUCACUCUUGAAAGGUACACCUCUCUUUGCCUUGAUAAGAUCAAAGAGGGAGAAUUCGACCAGAGGAUCCUCCUCUGGCACAUCGCCACGGACCUCUGCUAUUCGCUGGAACCACCUGACAACAAAACUGCACUUGCACGCCACAGCAAGCCCAUAUCCGAAUACAUGCUGUGUCUCCUCGUUGUUUACCCUUUCAUGCUGCCAAUGGGGAUCGGGAUGAUAAGGUUCCGGGACACGUGUGCUGAGGCAGAAGUGUUUUUCAGAGAGAGGGGCGCGAUGAUAUACACGAAAGGCGAGGCAUGCAAGAAGCUGCUGGAAGUGAGCACCCAAGUGAAACCGGCUAAAGUGAAGGGCGACCGGAGCAAAACUGUGCUGUUCGAUGCUUGUAUGCUGGCUAAGUCUCUCUUAGAUGUGAAGGUACAGUCGCAGAGGUGGGAGAUUAUAAGCAAAGUGUGGGUGGAGAUGCUGGCUCACGCCGCCACACAUUGCAGCGGCCACCACCACGCCCACCAGCUGCGGAAGGGCGGAGAGCUGCUCAGCCAUGUCUGGCUUCUCAUGACACAUUUGGGCAUCACUGAGCAGUUCCAGAUAUCUCAAGGUCAUGCUAGAGCUAAAAUGCAAGCAAAAUAGUUUCUUGCAACCUUUGCUGAUUUUUUUUUGUACUCUGCUUAGGAUUUGUACAUGUUUUUAUAUAUCAUGGACACACACUUGAUCUCAUAAAGUUGUGUGGUAUUUGAUUUGGUAAUAGACAUAGACAUGC